CACAGAACUGACUGAUUUUCAAUAAAUCGUGCAAAUAAAACCUUUUCUGCUUUAGUACAAAUUAGAAAACAAUGAUUCUUGUACAAUUUUCGUUGUUCUGUGAGUAAAUGUAUCUGAUAACGCACGAAGCAUACAUUGUGAGCGAUGCCGUGCGCGUCCUGCACUUCAGCACGUUCUGCAUUGCGUAGAUCACAAAGAAAUGCAUUGAAAAAGACAACUCUUACCACCAGUGCUUCUGAGGCUUCUGCUAUAGCUCAACAUGAAGCAUCGUCAAAAGGAAGUGAUCCGGAAGUUGCUGCUGAGCAAGCACUUCAUGUAGAUCACUCUAACAGUUUUGGCAAUAUCAAUGAAACCAAUGAAGGCCUUUACAAUUUGUCGGACCCUUCUGCAUCUGAUACCUCAGUGAUUGCUGGAGUAAGCAUUUGUCGCCAACUGCCUUAUGAUCUUCGUCGGAAAUCAAUCUCCAAUCAAGAGGAUUACCAGAACACACUCAUACACUCUCCUAGAAAACGAUCACGAAGAACUAUACUGCAUGACGAGACAGAAGAUGUUGAUGGGAACUCAUAUCCUACCUACCACCAACUGGACUUGUUGCCUGAUGACGUACUUCUUACAAUAUUUCGGUACUUAUCAGAGAAAGAUUUAUGUCAUUUAUCCCAAGUAUGCAAAAGAUUUCAAAUAUUGGCCGAUGAUCUUGAACUGUGGAGGAAGUUGUAUCAAUCUCUGUACGAAUAUGAUCUGCCUCUAUUCCAUCCUGAACCAUGCCGCUUCGAGUUUGAGAGAGUGGUGGACAGUGAAUUGGCAAACCCAUGGAAGGAAAGUUUCCGACAGCUAUAUCGAGGCAUCCAUGUUAGACCUGGCUACCAGAAUUUGGCCUGUAGUGACAGGAAAAUUCCUUUCUUUAAUACAAUUGAAAGUGCUCUUGAUUUUGUGUACAAGAAUGCUGAUCGUCUUACCUCACCGACUGGUGAUGCACCUCUGGUUUUCAUUCACACUGGAACUUAUACUGAAGAGUACAUUUUGAUAGAUUGUGAUGUAUCAAUCAUUGGUGCAGCUCCUGGAAUUGUUAGCCACUCUGUUAUUUUGGAUCGAAGUAAUGAUGCGACUAUCAUGUUUGUUGAGGGUGCCAAGCAAGCGUACGCAGGACAUAUGACACUAAAAUUUUCUGCUGAUGGACCAGAGCCAUUCGGGCCUAUAGAUCCAUUGCUUCCAAUUGCUGAAAUAGUUCCAGUGAUUCCUUUGGGGCAACCUGUUGUACCUGUGGUACCAGUCGCUCCUCUGGUCCCAAUUGAACCAAUUCCACCUGUAGCGCCAAUGAUGCCAAUAGGUCAUGUUGCACCUAUUGGUCCUAUAGCCCAUGUGGUUCCUCCUUAUCAGAGGAACUGUUGUGUUGAUAUAAGUGAGAACUGCUGUCCAGUUAUUGAUAGUUGUUUGAUAUGGAGUAACUGUAAUGGUGGACCAGCUGUUUGUGUUCGGGGCAUUGGAGCAAACCCAACCAUCAGACGCUGUGACAUCAGCCAUAAUGCAAACAUUGGCCUUUGCAUCACUAAUUGUGCCCGAGGCUUGUAUGAAGACAAUGAAAUUUGUAAUAAUUAUCUUGCUGGAGUUUUAGUUAAGAGUGGAGCUAAUCCUAUUGUUCGAAGAAAUCAUAUACAUCACGGCAGAGACAUGGGAAUUUUAAUUUUUGACAAUGGCAUGGGAUAUUUUGAUAACAAUGAUAUUCAUAGCAACUUUAAUGCUGGCAUUGAAGUGAAGACAGGUGCAAACCCUACAAUUGUAAAUUGUGAAAUUCAUCAUGGCCAUAGAUGGGGUAUUUAUGUUCAUGGAAAUGGACGAGGUCAAUUCAUGUAUAAUAAGAUCCACUCAUUUACUUUAGCGGGUGUAUGGAUAACUUCACAAAGUAAUCCAACUGUACGUCGGAAUGAAAUAUAUAAUUGUAGGCAAGGUGGGGUGUACAUCUAUGAUGGACGAGCCCUCGUUGAAUACAAUAAUAUAUAUGGAGAUGCAAUUCCAGGAAUUCAGAUCACAUCAUCAGGUCAUCCAAUCAUUAGAUACAACAACAUUUAUCAUUUGUAGAGUAUUAGAAAUAUUUCAAGUGCAUCAAGAUGUGCCAAACUUUUCAGAUGAAAGUUGCCAUUAAUCUGGUUUACUUUUAACAUUUUCAUCCAUAGAAAAUGCCACCUGAAUCUUAUGUUUUAUCCAAUAGGAAACAACAACAAAAACUAGUCAUCACUAGUCAAAGCUACUGUACAUACUGAUUGUGUGUUAUUUAUGUAAUGUCUUUAAAAAAUUACCCUUUAUGGUUAUGCUUUAGAUGUGAUACCCCCCCCCCCCUCUUAUUUUAAAUGUUUUGGGUAGCAUAAUUACAACAUAUUUAUUCCUAUGCUGAACUUGGAGCACUCUCUUGCCGAAACUAGAGAACAAACAGCAUUGAGACAGAAUAAAACAGAGUUGUUUGUCUAAACUCUGUUGUCUUAUUAGAAUCUCAUGUAAACUUCUAAACUCUGUAAAUACAGUGUGUUUGUAAUGGUAUUGAAAAAUAAUGCUGUUAUGUUUUUGUUUUUUUAUUAGUCUUUCACAACAGUGCAAAAUAUAACCUGUCUUAAAACAGCAACAACAGGCACAGAUGUUGUAAUGAAGACAAAAACAGUUGUGCAGGAGUAUAUACAUGUUAUUUAGGUGAAGUCAUAAAUAAAUAAUAGAAAAAAAUA